GUUCCCGUUCGGUUAAAUGCGUUCAAGUUUUGUGAAAAAGAUAUAUGUUUUGCAUUACUUAUCAAAUUUCAUUUGUAUUUUCUGAUUGCCUGACAUUUAUUAAAUGUCUUCAUCAAGAAUAAUUUAUAAUCGGAAACGUAGAUCUGACGACGAAUCUAGCUCCAGUGAUAAUAGUGAUGAAGAUAUUCCGCCACUAAAAAAGAUACGUGAUUGGAAUACGUGGGACACAGACGGAAGUACGUUUCCUAAAUAUUUAUUAUACUUAACUUUCGGUAAAAUCCGUAAAGUCAUAGACUGGGUAUUUCAGAGACAUUCUGAAAGAGAUGGAAUGUCGCGACACCACUGUUUAAAUCAGGUGCCUAUUCCAAUAGAAGAUGAGGAGGAGGAAAAUAUAGAUGUUGUUGAAAUUAGUUCUGAUAAUGAUGAUCCAAUUAUAGAAGAGGAUGGUGAUUCUGACGAACCUAGAAGAGAUAAUUUACGAAAUCCAUCUGUUUACGUUACUACUCGUGGGAUAACUUUAAACUCUUUAUCACGUCAACCUGUUAAUGGGUGUAAUAACAUUUAUCCAAUGAGGAAUAAAAAGAACAGUUCAGAUCACCAGAAAAUGAAGGCUGUUAAAUAUGUUGGUCCUAUCACCAAUCCUAGUCCAGAUGUGGAGAUACUUUUUGACACUAGGGAAGCACCUGAAGAAGAAUCUGAUGAUGUUGAAAUAUUGUCUGAAAUUUGUUCCACAUUACCAUCUUCUAAAAGUCUUGCAAGACCAUCAAUAUCAUCAGCUGUAUCUAAAUAUGCUCUAACAUCGAGCGAAUGCAAUGGUGCUUCUUCAGGCAAUAUUGCGAAUGGUAAUACACCGUCUUACGAAAGAGAAAGAUCUUCAAAUAAAUCAUUCACAGCUCAUGAAGUCAUCAGGUUACAGGAAAAAGCUCAUUAUCAGUUAAUAUUAGAUAAAAUGGUUGGCACUUCAGUUCACUCAUAUCAUCCCAUUGUACCAAAAAUAAAUCCGAAAUCUGAAGGAACUCGAAUAGAUUUAAUAGAAGAUAAGUCCAGGCUUGUUAAGAAAGAAAGUUUAGUGGAGCCUGUUAAUGAAUUUUUGCAAAAAUAUUACAAGCCUUACCAUGCUGCUUACAAGCGUUGUGCAUCACCUAAAGCAGGUCUUCCAGAAUUCACUGCAGAUGAUGAUGAUGUUCAAAUUAUUGAAACAGACUCGUCUGAUUCAGAUCAAUAUAAACCAAAGCCCAGGGUGAAGCCUGCAGAUAUUUUCUCAUCAAAUUGGAUAGAAGAAUUCAAAAAGACUAUAACUUUAGAAACAGAACAACAUCUUCAGACUAUUGCUCUACAAGAAGAGAAACUUGAACGGUAUAAGAAAAUUAGAGGUGAAAAAUUUAAAGAAAGUAACCUGCAGUUUCUGUUAGGCCAGUCCAUUCCAAAAGAACCAGUAAAAGAUGAAUUUCCAGAACUUACUCCAGAUAUGGAUGAACGAAUCGAAUGGGCAUUGGCAAUUGGAUCACAAACAGAAAUACUUUCUUCAUUCAAAGAUUGCACAUGUACUAGUAUUGAUCUUGCUACAUUAACUGGUCUAAACUGGUUAAAUGAUUCUAUUAUAAAUUUCUAUCUGGCUCUUAUAAGGGAAAGGUGCAGGAAUCAUCCUGAAUAUCCUCAAGUGCAUUACUUCAAUACAUACUUCUUUGCAGCUCUAAAAAAUAGAGGUCCUAGAGGUGUUUUGAGAUGGACCAGGAGACUUGAGGACAAAAAAAAUAUAUUUGAAUUUGACAUAGUAUUCGUGCCUCUUCAUUUAGGAAUGCACUGGGCAUUAUGUGUAGUUGAUAAUCGAACUAAAAAAAUUAAGUAUUAUGACUCAAUGCAAGGUACAGAUGAUCAAAGCGUAAGAAUGGUACAGAACUACUUAGUAGCUGAAAAGAAAGAUAAAUUAGACAUUACAAUGGAUCCUAAUGAAUAUUCAAUUGAAAUGGUUAAGGACAUACCUCAGCAAAUGAAUGGCAGUGAUUGUGGGAUGUUUACUUUGAAGUAUGCUGAAUAUCUUUCAAGGGAUGUCCCUAUAACAUUUUCUCAAGAACAUAUGCAGUAUUUCAGACGUAGAAUGAUUUUUGAAAUUUUAGACAAGAAGCUAUUUUAAAUAUCAUGAAAGAAUUAAUGAAUUGUAUAUUGUCUUCAUCAAAGCUCCAUUGUACAUAUGACUGUACAUUUCAUUCAGUACUUUUUUUUUUUUUUUUUUUUUUUUUUGAAUUUCUAAUAAGUUAAGUGAUAUUAAUCAUGAUUUGGAAUCUUUCUUUAAUUAUUUAAUACUAUAUUUUAAAAUAUUUCUAUAUUGUAAAUAAAUGCAUAAUCUUCAAUUGUUGGAGAUGAAAGUUUGUAUUUUGAAUAAGUUGUCUGAAUCUGAGGCUCAUGGGGGAAAAAAAUAUGUGAACUUUGGUCCUGGCAUUUUUUUCUCAAUGCAAGGACAAAUAAAAAAAAAAAAAAAAAAAAAAAAAAUCUUUCUUUAAAAGAGAAUUGUGUUUUAUUUCUAGAUUCUUUUCACUGUAAUAUGCAUUUGUGCUAAAACUAUCUCUGCUUUCUUUAUUCUUUUAAUUUCAACUUAAUGUCCAGUGUUUGUUCUUUGCCUUUAAAUUCAGUAGUACAUAUAUAAUGCAUGGUUAAUUAAAAUUCGUAAUUUUUUUUAAAGUUAUAUUAAUAUUUCAUCAGUUUAUCGAAAUCUGUUGUUUGAAUUCUUUAAUUUCUCAUUAUUUAUUUAAAUGGCUAUAACUUAUGUCAUUUAUUUUGAGGGGGAGCCUAGAAUCUGAUUCUUUACCAUCAUAGGAACUGUUAUAACAAGUUUUUAAAAAUCUACCUGUGAUUGUGUGCUGUUUUAUUUAUAUUAUAAAGUUCUAUUUUUUUAUUUAUUUAAUUUUGAUGUUUUUCGAAAAUACUAUAGAUAUUAAUUAAAUAUCACAACUACAGAGCUGA